AUGUCGACUAGUACCUCUUCAAAAGCUUCUGGUGUGAGAAGAAGAGCUUGUGUUAAUUGCACCUCUGUCAAGUCGAAAUGCCUGCCAUUCUCAUCUGACGAAUGCCAGCGGUGUAAUCGGCUUGGUAAGCGGUGCACCUAUCUCAAUGUUGUGGAGAAGCGAAAGAGUCCUUCCAGCUCCUCCCGCACGCGACUCCUCGAGCAAAGACUGAGUCGAGUUUUGGCUCUGCUGGGCGACCAAGCCCAGGGUACGCCCAUGAGUGGUUUUGUCGCGCAAAUAGCUGCCGAAGACCUCGAUAUGAACGUACUAAGUGGCAGCCGGCUUGACCAAUUGCCGUUACCUCGUGGCUUGAGACUGCAUGGGACAGUGGAUGUCGUUGAUCGCGGCUUUCUCAGCUUAACUGAAGCGCAGAUAUUGCUUGACAACUAUCGUACCAAAGCGGUUCAACACUUUCCUUUUGUUCCCAUCUCUUCUGGAACUACCGUCGCUUCUCUCAGGACUGAUAAGCCAUUCUUGUUUAUGUGCAUCAUGGCAACCAUGAAAUUUGAUAAUUGCACCAUCCAACGACAGAUUGGUGAAGAAAUCCGCAAUCAAGCGCAUCAGCGAGUUUUAAUGCAGUCAGAAAGCACUCUUGAAAUUCUGCAAGGCCUCUUGGUUUACCUAGCAUGGUACCAGUACUUCUUCAUCAGCUACGAGAAGCAGCAAAUUGUUCCAAUCGCACAAUUGUGUGUCUCACUGGUUCAGAACCUCGGGCUCGAUCAGAAUCCUGACAAUAUGAGACGAAAAGUCGAUCUUGGGCCAGAUGAAACAGCCCCUGGACGCAAGGCCGCACGGUCUGCAGAGCAACUUCGGGCUUUGCUUGGAACAUAUUGCACAGCAUCUUGGGUUUCUAUCAAGUUUCGGACUCGCGGCGCUUUACCAUACACAGGAUACAUCAAGCAAAGCUGGGAACUCCUCCUAGCCAACACAGAAUAUCCAAGUGACCUUAUGAUCCCCCAUUUCGUUCGUAUAAGCGAAUUUUGCCGUCGUAUAUGCGACACUUUUGGGUAUGACGACCUAGAAAACUCAGGGAUGAGGGGGGAGUUUGUCAGUGCCAUGGCUUUGCAGACCCUCAAUAGCGAAUCUACAUUGUUGAAAGCCUCCAUUCCUCCAGAUCUCCAGAACAACCUUGCUAUAAUAAUGGAGGUUUACUUGCUUGAUACUUUACUCGGUGAAGUUUCACUGCAUGAUGACUUUUGGGAUAGCAAAUCGACUUCUAACUUCUCCAUAACUAAUAAUCCGUCUUCCUCAACCAGUACCAGGGCUUCCAUCUUGUUUCACCUUAUCCGAAGCUGCAAGUCGCUAAACGAUGCCGUCAUAGCCUAUCCCGACGAAGAGCUCUGGUACAUCACGUUUUAUACAACGGCCAAGAUUUGCAGAAGUCUCUUGUGUCUCUCAAAUGCUAGCAAGAUAUCAUCAGAAAUCUUUAGAGAGACUGGGCUUGCCCUCUGCAAUGCCCCUUUUAUGGCCAUUAGUUCUCCUGUUCACGACGCCAUGACAGUUGAGAGGGUGGCUGACUUGAAGGGCGAGGCAAAGCGGCUGCAAGGAAAGUUCAAGAAUCUCUCUUCUCAAGUACAGAGAAUCGGCAAUGAGGAAGACAUCAUGCUUGGAUUCUCGAGUAUGAUAUGGGCAGUGGCAGCGGCGUACGAGGAAACUAAAAGGCUGGAACCAGGUCUUUUGAACUUUUCUAUAGGAUGUGAUGGACAGAACUCCUCUUCUGAACUGGGUAGCUCGGAAGGUUAUCUCUCGAGCACUGGGUCUGGAAACCUGCAGCCAGAAGCCGUGCUGGACUUUGGCAUGAUGGAAGAUGAAACUUGGGAAGAGUUGUUGGCUGGGAUUGCCACCGUAACGGAGCCUGCAUCAUCGCUGCAAGUAUGA